CGAGACAGGCUUGAUUUUCCUGAAGUCCUGAAGCUCGCAAUAAAGGCAGAGGCAGAUGAUUACAAGGAUUUGGUGUGGAGGGGGAUGAGAAGACGUGACUUCUCUCUCUACAAGGAAUAUGCCACGGAUAGAUGUCCUGAUUUCAAGGACUAUCCCUGGUCGGAGAAGAACGAGGCAGUGGCGGAGGAAGUGAAGGAGAUACGGGAUAUGGUGAAGGGAUUGACGAGGCAGGUUACUGAAAUUGUAUCCACUACGGGGGUCACGGCAUACCGGGACAAACCUGGAGGGUCCUAUUCGCUUCGCUGGGACCGUAGGAACAACGAUCCCUGGAGGAGCGUCGAGGAUAGAAAUCCUCGGACGCUGACUGAUUAUCGGAUGCGAGAAAGCGAGAGAGAUGAGGAACAGUGGCGACGUAGGGACGACGAGAUAGACCGAGACCGCAGAGAUCACGAUGCGUUCGUACGAGCGAGGAGGCUGGACGACUACCCGCGGAGCCCCCGCUAUGAGACUGACCGGGAGAGGGGCGACUCCCGCGGCCGAUGGGAGAUAGAUCAGGUCCGACGAGACGGAUAUAGGGGAGGUAGAUACGAGAGAUCGGGCCAAGAUGCGUAUAGGGAUGACAGAUACAAGAGGUUUAGCCGAGAUGUCUACCGAGGUGGUAGGUAUGAGAGAGGAGAUCGAGACUGGGAACGACGAGAUGGGUCGCGCGGACGGUUUGAUCGCGGGGAAAACGUGAGAGGACAGCGCGACGAGUCGCGAGGAUGGUACAACCGAGGAGACCGACACGAUGAGUCACGAGGACACUAUGACUCGAGGGACAGCCGGAAUGACUCGCGAGGCCAGUAUGAGCAAGGAGGGUCUGGAGGAGACGGGCGCAACGAUUCGCGCAGUCGGAAUGAGAAAGGGGGAUAUGGUGUCUCAUCAGAACCAUAYCCAAAGUCGCCUGACCCCAACGCGGCCAGGAAAUCGAUGUCUAGGGGGGCGGACGACAGGGCGUCUACUCCCAGGAACUCAUGUGUCUACUGUAGGGGAGAGAACCAUAUCAAGAGGGAUUGUCCGGACCUCAGACGGGCAAUAGAUGAGGGGCUUCUCGUGCUUGACGACCGCAAGUACGUCAAGUGGGCAGAUACUUUGGGAGAUGUAUCGAUGUUCCCUUCGAUGAAGGAGAAUGUCGAAGCAAGGAGAGUGAAACCGAGUAACGGAAUGGAGCCGGUCAGGAGCCAGAGCAUCAAGAUAACUUUUGAAGGGGACAUGGCGACCACACCCAUAAGAGUGGCGGCCACGAAGUCGGCAAGAGGGUCUACGUCGAAGAAGACUGACACGGACUACGUGAUGGCAGAGAAGGACGGACAACGAGUUGAUGGAGAGGAGGUUAUCCUUUCGCCGCGAAAACGGGGAGUGAAGAAGUUUUUAAUGAAGAGYUCGCUGGAURAGAUUGACACGGUCGAGCCACUGAGGAGGGCUCUUCGACAGCCAAUGCAAUGCUCUAUUCUGGAGUACCUGGCGGCAUCGAAGCCGGCUCGCGAUGAGUUACAGAUGAUCACGAGCAAGACUCGCAUACCUCUAUCAGAUGAGGGUUAAGGGGCCCCUAAGGCGGAAGCUUCUACAGUAGCAGUGACAGGGGUGACUGCCAGAGCGGAUCGCAUGGCAACAGUCCUUCUCGAUGGAAUGGAAGGUGUGCCUCCAGACAAAUUUUAUAUACUUGGCAGCGGGGCUGUAGAGACGAUUAUAGAUGAUGGAGCGGUACUCGAUGCUGUGAUYGAUAACGGCAGCGAGGCUGUCAUCAUAGACGAGGACCUGGCAGUACAGGUUGGACUGGGCCUCGAUAGGUCGUAUCUAUUCGAGAUAGAGACGGCUGAUGGUAGAAAGCAACAGAUCA